CUUGCACCAAUUUGAGAUUCAAAACCCUUUUAAUCCGUAAAAUAACUUUCCGGCAUGUUUGGUAACAGACAAUCACUGCCCAGAGCUUCAGUCCUACUUUGAUCUAUUCAAAUUCACAAGUUGUUGGUCAAAUCCAGGUUUGCAAUCGAUAGUUUCCCCAAAGAUUUUCUGUAUUCCUGUUGGGUUUUCAUUCAUAUCCGUGAACAAUGUAUUGCCAAACGCUUCCAAUUUCAAAUUAUAAUCUCAAUCCCACGAACACCUCAUCUUCGUUUCACUGCUUAAACCCUAACGCACAGCCAAUCCAAUUUGCUAAAUUUCAAUCCGUUUCGAAAUUCAGAUUUGGGUUUUGUAAUUCAAUCAGAAGGGUAUCUGUUUCACCAAACAAUUUGAGGAAACAUGUUGGAUUAGUUGGGAUUAGAUGUGAAGGGUUACAGGGGAAAGAGGAUACGAAAGAUGAUGAUGAUAAAGUUUAUAUAAAGAGGUGUUUGGAGCUUGCUAGAAAAGCUGUUGGGUGUACCAGUCCUAAUCCUAUGGUUGGUUGUGUUAUUGUUAAAGAUGAUAAAAUUGUUGGUGAAGGGUUUCAUCCCAAAGCUGGCCAACCUCAUGCUGAGGUUUUUGCUUUGAGGGAUGCUGGAGACUUGGCAGAGAAUGCUACCGCAUAUGUGAGCUUAGAACCAUGUAAUCACCACGGAAGAACUCCUCCUUGCUCUGAAGCACUUAUCAAAGCGAAAGUUAAAAAGGUGGUGGUUGGGAUGGUUGAUCCAAACCCGAUUGUAGCCUCAAGGGGAGUGGCUAAACUACGAGAUGCAGGAAUUGAUGUAACCGUUGGCGUCGAAGAAGAAAUGUGCAAGAAGCUUAAUGAGGCAUGGAUACAUCAAAUGCAAACCGGGAAGCCUUUCGUUACCUUACGAUACUCCCUCACUAUCAAUGGUAGCCUCUCAGAUGAUCUCGGGGAAGAAUCCACAGAGGCUGGUGGAUACUACUCCAGGUUAUUACAAGAACACGAUGCUGUCGUACUUUCUUCAAAAUCAUUACAAAAGCAUCCGCUUCCAGAAUCCAAAGAACCCAAUUCCAACCAACCACUUCAUAUAGUACUCGUAAAACGUCCAGAUCUCCCUCAUCUUACCCUUCAAGAAGAAACAGCUUCAAAGGUGAUCAUAUUCACGGACCAAGAGACGGAUAUGGGAUCUGAACAAGGGAUCGAGACGGUGGUUUUGGAUAAAAUGAACUUAACGACGAUCCUGGAGCAUUGUCAACAUCAAGGACUGUGUAGUGUAUUGUUGGAUUUAAGAGGGAGUUUUGGUGACUUUGAGGAUAUCUUGAAGGGGGUUGAGGAAAACUUGGUGCAGAAGUUUGUGGUGGAAGUGUUGCCAGUUUGGGGUGAAAGCAAAGAAGAGGCCUCCUUUGAGGCAAUAAAGAUUAGCCAAAGAGCAGGUUUGAAGAACUUGGAACCCAAAACAGAGGGUAAAAGUGUCUUAUUGGAGGGUUACUUUUAGUUUAAGUAAUGGAAUAAGCUCUUUUGAUUGAUCUGAUUUGGUGGGUCCCCAGCUUUUUCAACUGUCUUUUUGUAAAAUGCAAGAAAAUUGAAGCAAACUUGUUGAAUUAUUCUCUAAUGAACAAAUAUAUAUAUUUAUAUACAAA